AGCUGCUUACAUAUAUGACUUUAUAUCGAGCCUGACGGUGCUUGUUUCACCUGUUCUUCCCCUGUAACUGCUUCACUCCAGGUUCUUCCAGAAACCCCCAUCCCACCAGUCCCCAUGUUCGCACCGGAUAAACUGGGGUUCGAAAUGGACUUCGGCUUCAGGAACACGGCUUCUAUUGGGGACUUUAACCCCUUCAGCGCUAGCAUACCGGCCACCAAAGUGGAGUUGACCGUCUCCUGCAGGAAUCUGUUGGACCGAGACACAUUUUCCAAAUCUGAUCCAAUUUGUGUAUUGUAUACGCAAGGCAUUGGAAACAAAGAAUGGAGAGAGUAUGGGAGGACGGAAGUGAUCGACAACACCUUAAAUCCAGAUUUUGUAAAAAAAUUUAUAAUGGACUACUUUUUUGAGGAGAGACAGAAUCUUCGAUUUGAUUUGUAUGAUGUCGACUCAAAGAGCCCUAAUCUAGCCAAACAUGAUUUUCUUGGUCAGAUGUAUUGCACAUUGGGGGAAAUCGUUGGUUCUCAAGGAAGCCGGCUUGAGAAGUCUGUAACGGGAAUUCCAGGGAAAAACUGUGGAACAAUCAUAGUCUCAGCAGAAGAGCUGAAUAACUGUAGAGAGUCUGUCUUAAUGCAGUUUUGUGCCAAUAAGCUUGACAAGAAAGACUUUUUUGGAAAGUCUGAUCCUUUUCUAGUGUUUUACAGAAGUAAUGAAGAUGGCAGCUUUACAAUCUGCCACAAGACAGAGGUUGUAAAAAACACAUUAAACCCAGUAUGGCAGGCCUUUAAAGUUCCAGUAAGAGCACUGUGCAAUGGGGAUUUUGACAGAACAAUUAAAGUAGAAGUCUACGACUGGGACAGAGAUGGAAGCCACGAUUUCAUUGGGGAAUUUACAACAAGUUAUAGAGAGUUAUCUAGAGGGCAAUCUCAGUUCAAUGUAUAUGAGGUAAUCAACCCAAAGAAGAAAGGAAAAAAGAAAAAGUAUGUAAACUCUGGCACUGUUACAUUGCUUUCCUUUCUGGUCGAAACAGAAGUUUCAUUUCUUGACUAUAUUAAAGGAGGGACACAAAUCAAUUUCACAGUUGCCAUAGAUUUUACUGCAUCAAAUGGUAACCCUGCACAGCCAACCUCUUUGCAUUAUAUGAAUCCUUAUCAGCUUAAUGCAUAUGGCAUGGCACUAAAGGCAGUUGGAGAGAUUAUUCAGGAUUAUGAUAGCGAUAAAAUGUUUCCUGCAUUAGGAUUUGGAGCAAAGUUGCCACCUGAUGGAAGAGUAUGUCAUGAAUUUGCUUUGAAUGGAAAUCCCCAAAACCCUUACUGUAAUGGAAUAGAAGGAGUGAUGGAAGCCUAUUACAGAAGUUUGAAAAGUGUACAGCUCUAUGGCCCUACAAAUUUUGCUCCAGUGAUUAAUCACGUUGCAAGAUAUGCUGCUUCAGUAAAGGAUGGCUCGCAGUACUUUAUUCUGCUGAUUAUUACAGAUGGAGUUAUCUCUGACAUGGCUCAGACAAAGGAGGCUAUAGUCAACGCCGCAAAACUUCCUAUGUCGAUUAUCAUUGUAGGAGUGGGACCUGCCGAAUUUGAUGCCAUGAUAGAACUGGAUGGAGAUGAAAUCAGGCUUUCAUCAAGAGGACGCUAUGCAGAAAGAGAUAUAGUGCAGUUUGUUCCUUUCCGAGACUACAUUGACAGAAGUGGAAACCACGUUUUAAGCAUGGCACGGUUAGCCAAGGAUGUGUUAGCUGAGAUCCCAGACCAGUUUCUCUUGUACAUGAGAACCAGAGGAUUCAAGCCAUUUCCAGCUCCACCUCCAUAUACACCCACAGGACAUCUUUUACAGACUCAGAUCUGACAACUCUAAAGUACAGUACUUCCAAACUCUCAUGAAGUCUUACAAGCUGACAAGUCAGCUUUCAAGUCAAAGGUGCACUAAGAAACAAUUAGUAGGACUGCUAUUCUGAAUGGAAUAUCGAAUGCUUUUUUGGAUCUAACAGAUUCUGUUUACAGACCAAAACUGUAAAUAUGGAUAUAUGGUAAAAUAGAAAGAUUUUGAUUACUCGGCAGGAAAAAAAAACAAAAAAAAAACUUUCCUAAAUGAGUCUUAUUUUUGUGACCGUUCAUUUAUAUUGGAAUUGUUGGGGAAAGCACAAAUAACACUUUUAAUCCAAACCAUAUUGUUCUCCCUAACUGAUAUCUACUUUUAUGGGAAUGCAGUUCUGUCAAUGUUUACAUGUUACUAAUUUUUAAACUUAAAUACUUUUUGUAACUAUUCUUAAAAAAAAAGAAAAAAAACAAAUUAAAUAAAAUCCAGUGUCUUCUAGCUGGCAAUAAGUAUAGCCACAAAAUCCAAGCAAUAUCCCCUUAGUCGUAGACAAACCUAAAGAGAAAUAUAUUUACAUACCUGAAAAGAAAAAGAAAAAAAAAAGAAUCCCUCAUGCUUAAUCAUCAGUUGCCAAAUUAUUUAUAUAUAGGAAAAAUGAAAGGCUGUGAACUAAAGAAGAAAAAAAAUAAUCAACCCAAAUAAUUUAUCCUUACUAAAUGUGCUAAAGAUAAAAUUAGAAUGGACACCUCAAAAUAAUCUGAAAUAAAUUUAACAUAAAAACACAAUGUCUAUAUCAUUUAUAUGAAGUCAGCAGCUUGUUGGCUGCCUUUUAUUUUUUUACUGUGAUUAAAAUAGUAACGUCAACAUUUUUGUAAAUUUAUUAUGCUAUGGUGCAUGGUGUCUGGAUAAUGUCUGUCAAAAGGGUAAUAGCUCAACCUGUUGAUGGGGUUUAUUGUUGGCACCUAAUAACAUCAAUGCCAUAGAGCGUGGGUAGACUGAAGCACAUGAUUAGGUAAUAAGUACUGCUUUGUAUAACAGAUGCAGGAGGUGGCAGCAUAGAAGAGUAUUGAGCAAUGUUUGGAAAAUGCACGUCCGUGUACUAUGUAAACACAAACUAUGUUUACGAAACUACCCAAAUAACUAUAUAUGCUUGUUCAUAUAUAAUGGUACAAUGUUUUUGCAUGUACAGUUUUUACUACAUUCUACACAGUUGUGUGCUACUUUGUGUCAACUACAAUACAUUAUUCUAGAACUAAUGGCCUUAAACACACACCCAGUUCCUCAAAAAUGAUUGUGAAUUGCCUUCAAAUGAUGGAAAUAUUCUAUCAUUUUUGUGUCAACCUUGUAACUGCUUUGUAAUGUAAUUUUAUUUGCAUAAUAUAUGCAUAAAUAUUUAUAUGAUGUACUGUUAAAAAUUACAUUUAUUGUAGCAAACCCUUUCUUUUGUAAGCAUGGUAACGAGUAUUUUGCUGAAUUUAAAUCUAAAUAUAUCUGCCAUUUUAGAUGAUAUAUACUUAUGUAAUGCUAUAUCCUAAAUUUUUAUUAAAACGAUUUAAAAAU